AACCACCUCGGCGUCCAAAAAAUACUACCAUGUCGGAGUUUCGAAAGAAUUGUUUCACUGUUUGUUUCAUCUGUUGCGUCGCUUUCUUGAAGAGAUCGAUCGAGGCCGACGCCUUUUCCGUACAACCUACGAGUCGGCGAUGGUCGCAUUCACCGUCGGCAUCGCAAAGUCUUCUUCGAGCCGGAGCAAACGACGGGCCCCGGGCUACCCUACAGGAACUCGUUGAUGAGACGAUCGAAUCGAACCGGAAACUGGUCAGUGACUCGUGUAAUUUUCAAGCAGGCAGUAUCUCCCUCGGUGCACGUUGUGGAACAUUAUCGUUGAAGAACACAUAGGCGGGUGCAUUUUCUCACUAAGAGACUGAAUUCAAUGUUGCAAAUCCUUUUGAAAUCUUGACAGGUAAUCGUCACUGGUGGUGUCGUUUCUGGAAUUGGGAAGGGGGUCACAGCAUCUUCGCUGGGUGUCUUGUUUCGUGGAAUGGGGCUGCGCGUCACCGCAUUAAAAAUUGAUCCAUAUUUAAACGUAGAUGCAGGAACCAUGAGUCCGAUCGAACACGGAGAAGUAUUUGUCUUGGACGAUGGAGGCGAAUGCGACCUAGAUUUGGGGAAUUACGAGCGAUUUUUGAGCGUUUUUCUAACCCGGGAGUCCAACCUAUCCACCGGGAAGAUCUAUCAACAGGUAAUCGAACGAGAAAGGGUGGGUGAAUACCUUGGUAAGACCGUGCAGGUCGUCCCCCACGUGAGUGACGCUAUACAGGAAUGGGUGUUGAAUGUUGCAAAGGAGCCAGUCGCUCAAUCCAAAGAGACGGAGGACGGAAAUUUACCACCUGAAAUUUGCAUCGUCGAGCUGGGCGGAACGCUGGGAGACAUUGAGUCGAUGCCAUUUGUCGAGGCGUUGCGGCAACUCCAAGAGAAUGUAGGCUACAAAAAUAUGUGUUUCCUUCACGUGUCUCUUGUUCCAGAAAUCAACGGGGAGCAAAAGACUAAACCAACGCAGCAUUCUGUCAAAACCAUGAUGCAACUGGGUCUGCGACCAGAUUUCUUGUGCGUUCGCGGAAGCAACCCAAUCGAAGAUGGAGCACGCAAGAAGCUCUCCAUAAUGACAUCCGUUCCUAAAUCGGCAAUCAUCUCUCUUUACGAUGUCAGCAAUAUUUACCGCGUUCCGCUUGUCAUGAUGGAGCAAAAUAUUCCGAGCAUGCUGGCUCAGAGAUUGCGAUUGCCAUUGCCACAAUUCGAACCACCGAAAGGGGUCGCGUACCACGAAUCCGAAGAAGAAUUGUGCAACAUUGAAAACUCAAAAGUUAUCCAAGACUGGAAGGAACUAGCAGAUGCUGUUGAUACCCCGGAAAGUGAAUGCUCAAUAGCCGUUUGCGGCAAAUAUAUUGAACAAGGAGAUGCUUAUUUGUCAGUAGUCAAGGCUCUAACUCACGCGGCAAUUGCGACGAAACAAAAGCUGAACAUUGAAUUUAUCGACUCUUCUGACCUAGAGGAAAAUGUAGAAGCCACCUUGGAACGAUUUGCGGCUUGUGAUGGUGUCGUCGUGCCUGGCGGCUUCGGAUCACGAGGUUUCGAAGGCAAGGUUGCAGCCAUUCGCUCAGCUCGAGAGAAUAAAACCCCAUUUUUAGGUAUUUGUCUGGGUAUGCAGGCUGCAGUGGUAGAAUUUGCAAGAUCUCAUGCGGAUAUUUCAAAUGCUCAUAGUGCUGAAUUUAAGGAUGAUCUGAAACCAGACGAGGAAGACAUCAUUAUAUUUAUGCCGGAAGGAGAUCGCACAAGAAUGGGUGGUACAAUGAGAUUGGGUGCACGGGAGACGACGUUGAGGGAGGGCUCUAUUGCUAGAGAAAUAUACGGAAGCAAAAAUAUUAUGGAGAGACAUCGACAUCGAUAUGAAGUCAAUCCGGCUUUAGUGGAUCGACUAGAAGCCUUGGGUCUUCGAUUCAGUGGGAAGAACACCGACAAGAGUGGAGAGAGAAUGGAGGUUAUUGAACUUGAUAGGAGCGACCAUCCGUAUUUCAUAGCUGCACAAUUUGUAAGUUUGGAAACACCACAAAUACCAACUUCUUUUGUCUUUCGAAAUCAUUUUUUCUAAUUUGUAAUUUCUUCUCCGUUGACGUGCGGCUUCUUUUUGUCCCAUUUGAAGCAUCCUGAAUUUACAUCAAGACCGGAGAAACCAAAUCCGCUUUUCUUAGGACUUUUGGAACAGGUCAAAACGCAGAAAGCAGAAAGCAACUAAGGCGAAAUUGAUACUGAUACUAAAAUAAAAAAUAUGUUACUUA